AUGCCUAAACUGAUCGCUUCAAAAGCAAUACACAAGCAGUAUCGUUUUGUCGGGAUCUCUCCUCGGUCUCGCAGUGGCUGCACCACUUGCAAAUCGAAAAAGAAGAAAUGUGACGAGGUUUUCCCCAAAUGUGGGUUAUGCCAAAGAAUUGGCGCCGAGUGUAUCAGACCCAGUGGCAAACCAAAUGAUCCUUCUAAACAGAGUAAAAAUAUCACCAAAAUAGCAAAGCCAAAUACACAACAAUUACCCCCAAUUUCACAACCCACACUCACAGAGCCCAUGGCCUCACAACCCACAAUCGCGGAACCAACUACAGAUAUCAAUGAUUUGCCGAUAGUACCAGAUUAUCAAUACCCUGCAUCAAAACAGAACCAUCCUUCAUCUCCUCAUUCGCUACUCUUAAUCAAUCCAAACCCUUUGGAUUUCAACCUUGAUACCAUCAACGACCUCGAAGAUUUUCUUAACUCUCAAGAAUUCGGGUUCCCUACGGAUGUAUCGGUACAAGCAAUGGUUUCCGCUUAUCAGAAUACCCAACUUACCCAUAUCCAACCAUUAUGCUACAUUCCCGAUAGACUCAAUGUUAAAGGAAAAGAAAAACAAUACCUAGAAUACUUUAUCCAUUCUGUGGCAACAAAUAUCUCUACCGUGCCUUCCGAAACCAACUACUGGUUCAAUUUUUACUUGCCGAUGGCUAUCCACGAUGAAUGCGUUCUCAACGGGCUAAUUUCGUGGGGCGGAGUGUUUCUCGAUAAUACCGACAGUAGGCGGUACCUCAACCUUUCCAAAGACCUUCUUGAUGUGAACCUCUGCAGAAAUACCGACCGGGCAGAUCUCAUCAAGAAUUUGGCAUGUGCAAUUCUUCUCCAGGCAGUGGAAAUUUCUUCAGGUGAUGUCAAACACUGGGUGACAUUUUCACAAAUUGCUGCAGAAUUAAUUAAUCAAUUAGGGGGAAUUCAUUCUCUUGUGGGAUCAAAAGAAGAAAAAUACCUAGCCUCAAAUUUCGCGUUCCAUGAUGUCUUGAGUUCGCAAGCAAUGAUCAAUGGGCCAGCAUUCAAAAUUGAAGAAUACGAGAAAAUAUACACUUCUGAUGGAGUUGAAUAUAUUGAUACCCUCCAAAGUUGUGUCGGUCCAUUAUUUCUCAUUAUCAAUGACAUCGUCAACCAAUCAAGAAAACUCAAAUCACAAUUAUACUCUAACUAUUAUUCUGCAGCGUUGUUAAUGCGGAAUGAUUCCGCUGUUGAUUAUUAUGCUUCACCCAGUAAGCUGCUUCAGUUCAACCCAAACCUAUCUCCUGGUACACGUCUCGAGCUUUUGAAACAGUUAGACAGCAAAUAUCAAUACUUUCUUGACAAGCUUGAUGCUUGUCAACCUCUGAAUUCUGAACUUGAGUAUUUCACCUCGAUCGGCCAACUUGUGCCCCAUACUCAAGUUUUCCAGUUAUAUCAGUACAUAUCGCAGAUCGUGCUUAUUCAAGCAUUUCAAGACACUCCACCAUCAAGUGCUGCAGUACAAUUGCUUGUUCAUCAAGCGCUGGGGUUGUUAGAGGAGUUGUUAACGAGUCCUGUGAAAGGGGUAUUGUGCCUUGGAUUUGUUGUGGUGGGAAUGAAUUGUAUUGGUGAACAAGAACGCCAAGAGUAUAUGAGAAGAGUGCAAAGGUGGCAAGACGAAGGUUAUAUCAUUGGAAAUGUGAGACGAGUGAUGGAAAUGAUUAGAGAGUGUUGGAAGAAUGAAGGUGACGGAGAUUUCUUGGGGAAGUUACUUGGGGUGGUACGAAAAUUGGAUUGGGAUUUGACCAUGGUUUGA